AUUUGUGUGUGCUUAUAGUAAAAACCACACCUUUUCAGACCUUUGUGUAGAGCUCCAUUUCAGGGGCAUCGUAGGCACAAUGUGGAAAUGUCACUCUCUCACAGUUUUAUUUCUCCUCAGCCUCGGUUGGAUCUCCUUCUCUGUUUCUGAUUCUCAGACUUUGGAGGUUCAGUCUGGAGAAGAAGUCACGCUGCUGUGCUCCAACUUUUCCAAUUCUCCCACAGAGAUAUUCUGGUUCAGAGUGACCAAGAGAUCUGAACUCCACUGUAUCUGCUCUAUGUUCCAGCCUCAUGAGCCUGUUUCAUUCUGCACAGGACUUCAAAGUGGAAAAUUUGAAAUGAGCACCAACAUAUCCACUGUGUUUCUCAAAAUCAAACAAGUGGAUUUAUUGGACUCGGGGCUGUAUUUCUGUGGAAAAUACUUAAGCAAAUAUGCAGUUAUUGUUGAUACAACAAAUGUAGAGGUCCAAGACGUGUUUGAUGGAUUACCAAAGAUGAUGAGUGUGGUCCUGGGUGCUCUGACAGUUUUUCUCAUUAUGGCCGUCAUCUAUCUGGCUGCUAAAAUCAAACAUCUCCAGAAAGUACCUCACACUGGAGAACAGAAUCUACAGGAAGAGAGCCGGCGCUCAGACCCGGAUUAUGCUGCUGUGACAUUUCAUCCAAAAACAGAAAGUCACCACAGGCUGGCAUCAGUCAGAGAAGUGAACCCAGAUGUUAUUUAUUCCUCAACUAGAUAGAAUCAGAAAACAUCUGGAACUCUGUGGAACUGAGGUUUUAUUAUGGAUUUUCUGAUGUUUGUUUGGUGGAUUUCCAUAGCUGAAAAAAAAAAGAUUUUAUGAAUAAAAGUUGGACAAAAAUGAACAAAAAGAAAAAAAAAUUCUUAAUUUCUUAGUAUGUGCUAUUAUUUUAAUUGCAUGUUUUUUUCUUUAUAAUUCUAGUAAUGGCAGAACAUGUCUUUGUUUCAUAUAGUCCUGUAAACCUGAUUGAUUGUUGUCUAGUUUUACUUUUUGCCACUAUUCUUCACUGCCGUUAGCAUGAGACAACGUCUGGGUAUUGUCCUGAUAAGAUAGCACACGAUGUCACAGGAGAUCUCCUCCCAGAUUCAGAUAGAGGUGAUCUGUGAUCUCCUGAACAGUGUGUGUACUGGCAGCAUUGGAUAUGUGAUAUGUAACAUCCCAGAGGCUUUAAAUUUUAGGUCUGGAGAAAUUAAGACCCAGUUAAUGUCUUUGCACUGCCUAGCCAGCUGGUCACAUAAAACCAGGCACUGUCCUUGGUCAAAAGGAAUUCAGUCAGCUGCCCCACAUGAGGUCUGAAAUAAGCUCUACAGUCUGAGGAACCACUCAGUACCACCCAGUCAGGGUACCACUGGGUAGCAGGUCGGGGUCUGUAUGUCCCUUCAUGGAUGUGCCACCCCAAAUCAUCACCGCCAUGCUGCCAAACUGGUGCAGGUGAUAUCUCUUACAAUUCUCUUUUUAAACUGCACAGAUUACUGAGAGCCAAAUAUUCAGUUACACAUACAAAAUUUGCAGCAGAUAUUAAGCUUACCCACAGUGUGUGGUUUGGUCUAUGCUGUAUUCUAAACAACAGGAAGAAGAGCGUUCACCAGCAUGCUAGCAUUUCCUGCAUCUUUCACAAUUUAGCCACAAAGGACAGUAGAUAAAGUGAUAACUGACUGUGCUCAUGCUGUUUUCUCAAGCAUGGUGGUCCAUUAGUUCUGGAGAAUGUGUUAAAGAUCAGACAUGCAACACUUUCACAUCCCGCAGGUUUUUAAUAUUGUUUACUGAAUGGAUUUUACUCCAAUAUAACCAACAAUACACAAAAAGAAAAGGUUCUAAAGUCCUCAUAGUCAUCUUACUGUUCUGUGACCAUGGCAGAUAACUUGUCUCUACAAAUAUUCUAGACUUACAAUCCCUCUUUGUCAAAAAGCAUGCAGACUGCAGUCAUGUUAUCUGUACUGUUGUUUGAAGUCUUUACAGAAUUAAA